AUGGAUGGAUGGAUGGAUGGAUGGAUACUUCCUGAGAUACUUGGACAGCCUUAUGGUAUUGGCAUAUUGCGGCGCGGCGCGGGUGGUGUAAGCGAGCGAGGAAUGGGGUUUGCGGCGUAG